AGACUAAUGAUUUUUGUGUGAAUAUAAAUGUGCAAAGAACCUAGACCUGCUGCUGCUGCUCAGUAGUUGGUAAGUGCAUUCACCUCUUGUUUUCAAUGUGUUUUCUUGUAUAGAUUUAUAAGGCUUUUUCCCGCAUUAGUUUGGGUUCUUUCCAGUUGAGGCAAAAGAGAGAGAGAGAGAAACCUGUGAAUCCCAUCAGCAAAAAUGCUGUCUUUAAACCUUCUUCCACCCUCAAAGGUCACUGUCUCCAAAUCCAGGGGUAGAUGCCCCAUUAAUGCACCGCUUUUGGAUCCAAAUCUUGUGAACAGGACUCAGAAACAAAGAAAUGCGUCUUGUUCCUCAUUUGGGUUCGGGUAUUCCAGUUCGAGUUUUAGCCACCCGGUUUGCCAGAUCUCUAAAUCGGGAUUGGAUUUUCGGAGAUUCUUGGGACACCCUUUUGGAGUUUCUUCAAGAUUUUCAUCUCAGACGCUCGGGGCAGCCGCUGGAGCCCCGCAAGAAUCCAGCCCGGAUGGUGAAAUUGAAGUCUCGAAGCCAAACAAGAAUCUCAAGCUAGCUGUUGUUUUUGGGCUCUGGUAUUUUCAGAAUAUUGUUUUCAAUAUUUACAAUAAGAAGGUGCUGAAUAUAUUUCCAUAUCCAUGGCUUCUUGCAUCGUUUCAGCUGUUUUGUGGGUCUGUUUGGAUGUUUAUCCUCUGGUCUUUGAAGCUUCAGCCUUGUCCAAAGAUUGAUAAAUCCUUUAUUGUUGCGCUUCUUGGACCUGCACUUUUCCACACUAUAGGCCACAUCUCAGCAUGUGUUUCAUUCUCCAAAGUGGCUGUUUCUUUCACUCAUGUGAUCAAAUCUGCGGAGCCUGUGUUUUCAGUUGUUUUCUCAUCGUUUCUUGGUGAUUCAUAUCCUUUAUCAGUCUGGCUGUCAAUUCUCCCCAUUGUUUUUGGUUGCUCAUUGGCUGCCAUUACUGAAGUUUCCUUCAACUUUGAAGGUCUUUGGGGUGCUAUGAUUAGUAAUGUUGGGUUUGUGCUUCGGAACAUUUACUCCAAGAAGAGCUUGCAGAGUUUCAAAGAAGUUAAUGGGUUGAACUUGUAUGGUUGGAUUAGUAUAAUCUCGCUUUUGUAUCUAUUCCCCGUGGCCGUAUUUGUGGAAGGGUCUCAGUGGGUUGCAGGAUACCACAAGGCUAUUGCGACCAUUGGAAAGCCGACGACAUUUUACCUAUGGGUGAUGCUGUCUGGAAUAUUUUAUCAUCUCUAUAACCAGUCCUCAUACGAAGCCCUUGAUGAUAUUAGCCCACUUUCAUUCUCCGUUGGUAACACGAUGAAGAGAGUGGUGGUUAUUAUUGCUACUGUCUUGGUUUUCAGGAAUCCGGUUCGGCCACUAAACGCGCUUGGAUCGGCUAUUGCUAUUUUUGGUACUUUCUUGUAUUCGCAGGCAACGGCUAAGAAACCAAAGGUUGAAGAGAAGAAGAAUUAGAAGGAUGUGUUCUAAAUUUCAUGUUGUUUUUCCAUAGAACUGGGCUCUUUUCUGUCACUUCAUUGUUCAUUCUGAGCUGUUAGGAAUUUUUGUUUGCUAUUGCCUUCUGCUUAAGGAGUUCUAAAUGUUUCUCAUCUUUCUUCACUAGACAUUGCAUUUAAGAUGCGAAUGUUUGGGAAUCAUGCUAAAAUAUGGAUAUUCUUAACACUGCA